AUGUUUACUUUUGCCAAAAAACUCGUUGACAGAUUUGAAGGGAGCUCGGCAUUGGAUUCCACGUCUAAUGACUCUUACUUCAAGAAUGCCACUGCAAUCAAUAACAAAGGAUACGCUCUCCGAGUAUUGAAUGUCAUUCCACAUUCUACUGCACACCAAAAAGGUUUUGAAUCUUGGUUCGAUUACAUCAUAAGAAUAAAUAAUCAUGAACUUCCAAUGCUUUAUCCUUCAUUAUCUAAUUUUUCGUAUUCUAUUAACGAUGAUGGAACUAUCAAUUAUGGUGGUAAUACAACCACAGAACAAGCUGCUGCGGUUAAUUUUGAAUUGCUUAUGCAAGAAAUUAAUACAUUGGCCAAACAUGAGCAAGAUCUUGUUGUUGACGUAUGGAGCGCAAAGGGUGGGAUAGUCCGACAAAUCUCUUUACCAUUGUCAAAAUACGAAUCUAUUGAUACAUCAGACAUCGCAGAUGCGUCUGUUCAGCAAUUGUUUGUUGACAACUUCAAACAAUUGGGGUUGACUUUGGAAUCUCAACAUUUGACUACAGCAACAUAUGUAUGGCGAAUCUUAACGACACAUCAAGGAUCUCCAGCAUUCAUGUCCCAAUUAGUGCCAUAUUCAGAUUAUAUUAUUGGUUGUGAUUCAGCAUAUCCAACGGACUCCAAUGGGAAGGGGUUACUUACCAAAGGUGGUGAAUCUUUAUUGUCUAAAACUGUUUUAAACUAUUACAAUUAUCAUUAUUCAAUUUCUAAUGAAGAUAAUAUUCCAAUCACCCUUUAUGUGUACAAUCACGAUUACGAUAUUUUGCGACCUGUGACAGUGAAUCUCUCGCGUAGUUGGGGAACAGGAUACAAUCGAGGUAUCCUUGGGUGUGAUGUCGGAUAUGGCUUGUUACACAGAAUCCCCGAGGUCGUUGGUAAGUUUGAUAACAAUUCAAUUGUUGACGAUAUUCUUUUCGAGAAUAGCCAAAAUCUUGGAUAUCAACAACAAGUGAACUUGCCUCCACAGCACUCCUCUUACGUCCCUGCAUCCCCCGAGAAUAAAAAAGAGAAUACAAAUAUAAUCAAUUCUCCACCACCAGUUAUGGGUGCUGGUGCACCUCCACGUGCUUCAACUAGAAAGAAGAAACAUGUUGCUGCCAAAGAUACAUUUGAAGGACUAGAUGAUUAUAUGAAUGAGGAAUUAGAAAAGUCAAAAAAAUUAGAUGUUGCUUCACAACUGCAAAAUGCAUCUGGAACGCCACCCCCACCUCCACCCGCUCAAAGUAACAAGUAG